AUGAAUUAUAAUUAGUAUCGUACUCAAGUUGAUAAUUAGAGAAUGAUACAUCAAAACUCUCAAUCUGUUGGGAAAUUAAAGAAGGGAAUAGUAUUUUAGAAUUAUCCUUUUAAUCCAGUUUAAAGUUACAACUCAAACUUUCAAGUACGUCCAUUAACAUCUUAAACUCAACCUAUAAAGAAACCAUCAACUGCAUAAGUGAUUAUAAGUAAAUAGCUUUAUAGUCUAAUCGGCAUGUUCCAAGAGCAGCAACUUCUCAGACUUAGCGAUAACCUAAUUUGCUCUUUUCUGAGUAACCUAAUAAUAAUCUUGAUUUGGAGACAAAGCCAAGUAAGAGAUUUAUGAAGAUAUACUUUAUGAAAAGUAAUCUCGCCUGCCUAAUUUAGCCAAUUAUAGAACAAUUCUACACAAUAUCAUGAAUAAUAAACUAAAAGCACUUCCACCUGGAGACAGGAAGAGAUUGUCUGUUCUUAAUAUUGUAUAAGAAAAGUUUAAAGAACUUACAAUAUAGGAGAUUAAUCUAUUAAUAUGUCAACAUACUCUAUCUGAAAAGUUCUAUAUCUAUUUUUCAGGUUAAAUUAUUAUCUAAAUUAAGAUUCUGAAUGGAUUCCAUGUAGCAAAUGUUGUUCAUCACCAAUCUUUUUAGUUUUGAGUCCACUUGUAUAAAAAACUGAUAUGUUUUGUUGUUAAUGUUCUCGAAACUUACAAAACCCUCCCAAAUCAGCUAUUCAAACCAAUACUAUUCUUCCUAAAUAUUCAUUCUCAUAAUAUGGUCAUUCAUUACAGGAAUAAAAAGAAAGAUAAAAAGUUAGUAGAAUGAUAAUAUCUGGAAAAUAUAGAAAGGUUAAUUUGAAAGAAAUGUAUAAAGAAGCAUAAGAACCACAUUAAGUAGAAGAAUCUUUCAAUCUAGAAUUCCCUAUUAAAGAAAAAUAAUAAGAAAGCACUAUUUUAGAAUUAAAAGACUUAAUUAACGAAUUAUUUUGAUUAAUAUAUACAAAAAUCGUUG